AUCUCUAGACGCUAGCACGACCAAAGAGAGAGUGGUUGAUUGGGUUCGUAUGAGAAAUGGUUCAAAAUCCAUCUCUGUUUGCGUAGCAUCCCUUUUCGACUCUACCACCAAGAUUGGAUUUUUCACCCUCCAGCUUUCACAAUGAGUGCAGGUGGUGCUUUUGGUGGUAAUAGAGGGUUGAGCCCGGUUCCUCCGGAGAAAGGUGUCUUCCCUUUGGAUCAUAUGCAUUUGUGUGACCUGGAGAAAAAAGAAUACCUCAGUUGCCUCAAAACUUCAGGCCACCAAUCUGAAAAAUGUAGGCUCUUCUCUAAAAAGUACCUGGAAUGCCGAAUGGAAAAGAACUUGAUGGCAAAACAAGACAUGUCAGAACUUGGAUUUGUUAAGGAAGGUAACUCGGACGCUUCUGGAGAGAAGGUUUCCGAGCGGAUUGCUAAUUAGAUCGGAUGAUAACUUUUGAGACUAUAGUAGUUGGGAGAGUUUUACUGAUAGGGCUAAUACGAUCGACACUGAAUUUUGUUCGUGGAAGAGCUACUUGUAAAGGAUCGAAAAACAUUAGUGUUUUGGUUUCUUCAAAAGAUGUUAAUGAUUGUUUACCCUAGCCUUGCAGUCGGGUUUCCCAAAAAAAAUGGUGAAGGGGAAAGACUUCUGUGCGACGAGCAUAUCAUUUCAAGUCAAUCAUGCAGUGUUCAUAGA